AUGCCAACCCCCAACAUCUCCACCUCUGCAGCCAAAGGCUUCCGCAGGGCGGUGUCGGAGCUGGACUCCAAGCAAGCCGAGGCCAUCAUGUCUCCGCGGUUCAUUGGUAGACGUCAAAGCCUCAUUGAAGAUGCCAGGAAGGAACGAGAGGCUGCAGCUGCAGCCACUGAUGCAGCAGAGUCCACAGAGACAAUUGUUUUUGAGGAGAAGGAUGGGAGAGCCAUGCUGAACCUGUUCUUCAUGCUCAAGGGUGCCAAGACUUCUCCGCUCUCGCGAGCACUUAAGGUGUUUGAGACAUUUGAAGCUAAAAUCCACCACUUGGAGACAAGACUCAGCCGAAAGCCCCGCGAAGGCACUGCUGAACUGGAGUAUUUUGUGCGCUGUGAAGUGCACAGCUCUGACCUUAAUACUUUCAUUAGCUCCAUCAAGAGGGUAGCAGAAGAUGUGAGGACCACUAAGGAAGACAAAUUUCACUGGUUUCCCAGAAAAAUAUGUGAAUUGGACAAGUGCCACCAUUUGGUCACCAAGUUUGACCCUGACUUGGACUUAGAUCACCCGGGCUACUCUGACCAGGUGUAUCGCCAGAGGAGGAAAUCAAUAGCAGAAAUCGCUUUUCACUAUAAGCAGGGAGAUCCAAUCCCUCAUGUGGAGUACACAGCAGAGGAGACUGCUACAUGGAAGGAGGUAUACAGCACUCUGAAGAGCCUGUAUCCAACUCAUGCCUGCAAGGAGUACUUAGAAGCUUUUAAUCUACUGGAGAAAUUCUGUGGCUACAAUGAGAACAACAUCCCUCAACUGGAAGAGGUCUCCCGCUUCCUGAAAGAGAGGACUGGCUUUCAGCUCCGGCCUGUGGCUGGCCUGUUGUCUGCACGUGACUUCCUUGCCAGCCUGGCCUUCCGUGUGUUCCAGUGCACACAGUAUAUCCGCCACGCAUCUUCACCCAUGCAUUCCCCUGAGCCGGACUGCUGUCAUGAGCUACUGGGGCACGUCCCAAUGCUGGCUGACAAGACAUUUGCCCAGUUCUCCCAGGACAUUGGGCUUGCAUCUCUGGGAGCAACUGAUGAAGAAAUUGAGAAACUGGCUACACUUUACUGGUUUACAGUGGAGUUUGGACUCUGCAGACAGAACGGAAUAGUCAAAGCCUAUGGGGCAGGUCUCCUGUCUUCCUAUGGGGAGCUCAUCCACUCCUUGUCAGAUGAACCAGAGGUACGGGACUUUGAUCCUGAUGCUGCUGCUGUUCAGCCCUACCAGGACCAGAACUACCAGCCUGUGUAUUUUGUGUCUGAGAGCUUCAGCGAUGCCAAAAACAAGCUGAGGAACUAUGCAGCACAUAUCAAGCGGCCCUUCUCAGUGAAAUACGAGCCCUACACCCACAGCAUUGAACUCCUGGACAGCCCCCAGACCAUCUGCCACUCCCUGGAGAGCGUAAGGGACGAGCUUCAUUCACUGAUUAAUGCGCUCAAUGUGAUCAGUUAAUAAGAGAACUGGGCUCCUCCAUUCCUCUCUGCCCUCCCCUAUUCCUAGCCCAUAACUUUUAACUGUUGUCUCCAAGCAUUUGCACUGCUGCCCAUCCCCAUGCUACCCCAACAGUUUGCCACAUUGGAACGUAGGGCCAGCUCAGAGGAAGGCAGAGGGACAAACCCAAGGCCUGCUGGCAUCCUGGGUGACUUCGCCUUUGAUUGCUGGGAGAGCUUUAACACUGUCCAAAGACAUGGGUCAGGCUACAAAGUUGAAGUUAAGAGUUGUGCACUAGGUCCCUGGAUGCAAGGAAGGGAGAAAAGCUGCUUUACCAAAAGCCAGUUUCAUUAAAAGGAAAAGAACAAGAAGAAAAUAAAAAGCUAUUUUUUGCAGUUUGAGAGAAUAAGUUAAUCUGCCUUUUUAACUUCAAAACAAGUCCCUACAGCAAUUCCACAGAGGGCACCCAGUCUCCACCACCUCAAGCCUUUUACAGCCCCUUGCACUUAGGAAAUUCAGAGCUGC